AUGACUACUAAUCCUCAACAGCAACAACCUCAACAACAACCUCAGCAACAACCACCAACUGAUUUAUCUGCUGCAGUUGUUGCUUCUGCGGGCGUUCCAACCAAUCCAUCUAACCCAUCAACAACAAAUUCUACAUCAUCAAAUUCACAUGCUACACCUCCGUCUUCAAAUGACUCAACUACAACAAGUUCGACAGAGUUUAGACAAGUUUGUUUUAAUCCAUCUCCAUCAAUAGUUUCCACAAACAAUACAACUACCACAAAUACAUCCAUCAAACGCAACUCGCCUACCUCAACGGAUUCUUCAAAACGCAUAAGAUUAGACACUACCACUACUACUGUCAACCCUGCUUUAGUAGCUUCAUCAGUGACAACUACUGCAAAACCUCCUAAAUUCAUUCGAAAAUUCCGUUCAAGAUCCUUACCAAUCAUUAACUUUAACGCCACAUCGUCGUCAUCUGCAUCUUUUUACCCUCAUUUGAGAAAGAAGAAUCAUCAUCACCAUCAUCAUCAUCAUAACAACCAAAAUCUCUUUGGUAAUAAUAACAACACAGCCACCGCAUCAUCUUCAUCUGCAUCAAACACAUCAUCUACAUCAUCGUCAUCAUCAUCACAAGCUAUUCCACCCCUUCCUCCUAUUAACCUCCAUUCCUUGAAGGAAAUUGAUUUACAUGAAAUUUUGAAAAAUCCCCAGUUGAGACAUGAUAUCCUAUUUGACCCUCAAUUACAAUUCAGACCAAACUUGGAUGGAGAAAGAGGAAAGCGUAAGAAGUCAAUUAUUGAUAAAUACUGGAUGGAAAUUCAAAAGGAAUGUCAACAAUUUUUCACCAAAGAUUUGAAACCUCAAGAUAUUAAAAUCAAUCGUUUGCCUAUAUUAUUUCAAACCUUGAGAGAUAUUUUAUUGAGCUUAUUGCCAACCAAAGAUCGUCAACAUGUUGGAGAAAUCAUGGAUAUUGAAUUAUUGGUUCAACAAUUAAAGCAUGGUUCAUUCGAUUUUGUUGAAAUGAGUCAAUGGUUGGGUGAUGUCUUUAAACUGCAUUGUGCCCCAAUGAGAGAUCAAUGGGUUGUGGAAAUGAUUGAAAAAUUUGUUGAUGCUUACAAUUUCAAUAAUGUUUCCUAUUUGGUUAAUGGUUUAAGAAUGAUUUUCCAAAUUUUAGAAGCUAUGAAAUUGGAUGUUGCUAAUCAUCAAAUUAGAAUAUUACGUCCUGUUUUAAUUGAAACUGCGGUUGAUUUUGAAAAGGAUUAUUUCCAAACUUUGAUUAACCAUUCUAAAAUUAACAUUAAUGAUUCCUUGAAUUGGUUUUACAAAAAUUUUGUCAAGAAGAUUACACAAGAAGUUGAAAUUAAUGACUCUAGCUUGAAGCCAAUUAUCAUUUCUUCUAUCAUUGAUUUGUUGAGUUGCAGACAAAUGGCUACUGAAUUUCCAUCAACAUUGGCUUUUGAUCACACCAGAUUGGUUUUAUUGAGAGCUGAUGUUCGUCAAUUGGUUUGUGUUCAAUUGUGUGUUGUUUUGUACAAGCAAUUGGUUAUUAAUUCAAAAAGCUCCACUAGCUUGCUAAUGCCUGCUAAUAUUGCUAAGAUUCAACAAGAAAUUUUGGCUAUUGUCACUGAUGAUAAUGGUAACAUUAAAUGGACCAAAAACAUUUCAGCCAUCUCAUUGCAAUUGGUUAAAAAUUUGAACAACACUCAAAAGGACAAUGCUAGUUUAAUUGAAUUCAGUCAUAAUUGGUUAAUGAAACAUAUUCAACCAAAUUCUGAAGUUUAUGGAUUAAUGGAAAUUAAGAUUUUCAAAGAAUUGACAAACGAAAUCUCCACCAUGAUUGAAACUGAAGAUUUAAUUAUUGAUUCAAAGAAUUCAACCAAUUUUGGUACUACAGGUUCAAAUGUUAGUAUCAAUUCCACUGUAACUAAUAGCAAUAGUAGUAAUGGCAACACCAAUGCCAGUAACAAUAAUAACAGUUCAACAGAGUUAAAGAACAUUGCAUCAAGAAUAUCUACUUUGGUUAAAUUUCAUUGGAGUGUUUUUGGAAAUUACUACAUUGAUUAUAUCAAGUCCCAACAUGAUAAAUCGAAAUUGCAAGAAUCAGCAAUUAUCCCAAACAUGGUUGGUGAAGAAAAUGAUGAAAGUUUGACAGCCAAUAAUGCCAAUAAUAAAACCGAUAGUAACAAAAAUAAUCAACCAUCACAUAGAGGUGAUGAAAACAGUUCAAGUAUUGAUAACAAUACAUCUGCUCCGUUAAGUAUGUUAUCAUAA